UUACUUUUUCUAAACACAUAAGCAACUAACAGCCAUGUGUUCAAACUUGGUGCAAGUAUGGAAAACGUACAAUUUUUUUUUUUUUUUUUGGUGAAAUAGAUAUUCCAUUUUUCUUACUAUUGUAGAUUCAAAAUAAUUAUUAAAAUAUACUGUUAUUUUCACUGGUUUCAUUUCAAAAAUAGUCCUCAAAUAGAGCACUGAACAUGUGCUUUGAAGCAUAUCAAGUGGUUUAUAGUAAGUCCGUAAAGACUUAAAACUAUGUGUCGUGAAGUGUAGACUUAAACUUUGGGUUUUAACAGUAAACCUUAAAAUACUGAGACAUACAGAUACAGCCCUGCUCGAAGGUUUGAGGUAAUUGAGGCUAAUAGUACGCCAGAAAAUGAAAUGUUCCUGAUGGAAUACAGGUAAUAUUUUAUAUUGGGAAAUUAUGUUCAGUAAGUAUGACCGUGGUUUGUCGGACCUUUAGUAUGUGCAACCAUUCAUAACACAUUAAUUGCAAAGAAAAAGUAAUGUUGUUCUUACCCAACAACGAUAGCAAGUUCUUGUUUUUCAUUUUAGAUAUGGUGCGAAUUUUUGUGUAUGGAACUUUAAAACAGGGAUUUCCGAAUUUUCACUUCAUGCAUAAUCCCAAAAAUGGUGUAGCUAAAUUUGUUUGCAAUGCAGUAACGGUGAAGAAGUUUCCUUUGGUGGUUGCAAGUACAGCAAAAAUACCAUUCAUUUUAAACCAAGAAGGUAUUGGAGAGCGUGUUUGUGGUGAAAUUUUUGAGGUGGACGAGCAGAUGCAGAAUUGUCUCGAUAAUGUCGAACGUGUUGGUACCUUCUACGAUGUCAAAAGGCUUGAAGUUAUUUCUGAAUUCGAUCAGCUUGAAGUUUGUCCUACGUAUGUGUUAAAUGAAUUUCACGAUCAUCUGCUCAAACUUCCAAUGCUGCGAAGCUAUUCAGGUCGUUGGGUAGAAAUGUUUGUACCUCGAAAUGAAAGACUUCACAUCACCUUGGAGGAUUUGAUCAAGGAAGUUAAAAAAGUUUAACAAUAAAGGCUACUGGGAUCGUUAAACAGAAAAAUAAAGGAAACGCCCCUUAUGCUGAGCGGAUAUUGUUAUGUACAUAAUUUUGUUUUGUUUGUAUAUAUUAUUUACCGAGGUAGGUUUUAAUGUUUCGAAUGUUGCAGAGAAGUUAAAUUAUUUUAAAGGUUUGCUUGCUCAUGUAAAUGUGUUACGUCUUAUGUGCGAAAUUUUUUCUGCAGCUAUAUCAACACAAUAAUUGGUGUGACAUUUAUAAUUUUUAUCGAAAUAUAAUCAUUAUAUUUAGAUGUAUAAUAUUUUAGAAAUAAGAAGUUAUUAAUAUGUUGUAUCUAAAUUCCAGCUUUCACGUGAACGAUUUUAUGGCGCCACGUGAAUGUAAUAAUCAGGAAUCUAGAAGCAUUCUAAAGGGGUUGCUUUCCUUCAAUCUGGUAGUUAACUGCAUUCUCACUUGAAUAAUAUCUGUGAAUUACAUUAACGCAGUGAGCCAUCUUUUAUCACGUGACCAGAUUCGUUCAAUUUUAAAACAGUGAUAUCUCACUUGAAUGAGAAUUUUGUCUACGAAUGUUUAUCGUGCAUAAUUUACAAUCAAUAAAAUACUGUCAUGGUGUAAAAACAAGUUAUACGAUGUCGCAGUGUACCGUAACGCAUAGUUUUAUUAGGAAAACUCUGUUGGCUUUAAUUAUUUUCUGGAAAAUGCGCUGAGUAAAAUUUGUUGGAGAGUAAUAUCAUUAUUUCUAAACGACAUUUUUUUGACAAUGCAGCACACGUUACACGAACAAUCGAGUACAAUUCGGCACUUUAUUUUUUUUCUACAUCCUUCCACCGUAUUGCUUCUAAUAAAAGUCCACGGGAUAAUCAGUACAUUGCUAGGUACAGGGAUAAUCAGUACAUUGCUAGGUACAGCUGCGAAGAAGUAGUAACUAAAUAACAAGUGCAAACGCACGACUUUUACCAUGAUCAAUUUUUCUACUUAAUAAUUUUUUUACUGCAUUUUAUAACUUCAUUACGUCCUUUUUUAAUACCUUCAAUACUAGAAUUACCCUGGCGUCUUAUAAUAACCUAUUUUUCAUUUGUUUUGAUUGAGCUGCUUUGUUUAGUUGUGGUAUCAAACAUGUAGUUACGGACACAGCUGCAUUUUUCAAAUUUUUUGAAUUUAAAACAAAUAAUAAUUAUAAGGAAGAAAAAAUAGUAAUACAGAAUAUUUGGGAACUGAAGAGCACAUAGUUUGUGUUAUGAUGGAAAUAUUUUCUUUAUGAAUGUGUAUCCAAAUUUACAGGUCUGUGUUUUAUAUUUUCUGGUCAGGAUUAUAUGCAAAUUCUAGAUUUGGCGUAGUAAUUAAAAACAUGAAAUAUCAAUAUUGUUUGUCUUUUGAUAAAAUCUGUUCGUAGAAAAAGUUUAAAUAUAUGAGUUUUAUUAAAUAUAAAUGUAUCACUGAUAUAUUUUAGAAUAGAAAGUAAAAAAACGUCUUAUUGUUGGUAAACCAAUAGUGCUGCACGCCGGAAAGAAAAUUAAAAGCUUUUCAGUAUGUUGUGGUUGUAUUUUAUUGUUACGUUGUUGUUAUUUGGAGCUGCUAUGGCUUUCGAUGUUGCAGGGAGCAUAAAAUUUGCCGGUGGAGCACCAGACACUUUAAAACCUGGUUCGUGGUUGACAGUGAAAGUUGAAGAUACAACAAUAAUGGACGCGUCAAGUAUUCUACUUGGACAGACUCAAUACCAGAUUAAAGAUUAUAAUAAAAAUAAACCGUUAACAUAUAAGAUUACAGGUGCUAAGAAGCCUCCAAGAAAAUCACCUGAAGUUUCGGUUUCAGCUUUCAUUAAUGCGAAAAAACCAACUAAAGAUGAUUGGAUUGCACGCGAGGAUUAUCUAACGCAAACAGUGGAAACUCUAAAUUAUUCCGAUAACCAGAAUUCGUACACGAAAGACAUCGUGGUGGAAUAUUACGAAUAAGGUUUUUUACGAACACACAGUUUAUUUUUUUAUAAAUCAAUAAAAUUUUCUUCACAUGGUGUAUGUAUGUAUUUAUUCCAUAAAAUAAUAACACAAAUAUAGUCUACCUUUACGUUGUGUUAGACUUGUAACCUAUGUAUCACAACCAUUGCAUUUACACGUUAAUAAAUCUGUAAAAAGCAGCUAA